AUGCGACUACAGUCGGCAUCGCUCGGCCCAGCGCCAUACCGCAGCCUUCUCACACCCCGUCGGAUCCCGUGCGGAGCGCGCAGUUUUGCCGCAACAACAGCGAUUCUGCCGCGCGGUGACAGCAAUCGGCCAGUAUUGUCCACCUUGCAGUCCGGGACAUGCUUUCAACAGCAGAGAUGGAUUACACAAAAGUAUAUCCAGCGUAUGAAAGACGGGGAGCAGGAAUGGGCCGGCUUCGCGGAGGAGAUCAAAGCCGGGAAGAGGAAGAACUUCGCGCAACACUUGGAAGAGCGAGGAUUGAUCCAUGAUGUUGUCGGUGAACGGGACUUGUUGCACAAGGUCUUCACAGAGAAGCGGGUUGGAAUAUAUGUUGGAGUCGACCCGACUGCCCCCUCAAUGCACGUUGGACACAUGCUUCCUUUCAUGGUUCUGGCCUGGGGAUAUGUCUGGGGAUUACCUGUGACAUUUCUACUCGGCGGUGCUACUUCUAGAGUCGGCGACCCCAGCGGGCGCCUCAAAGGCCGAGAUGCUGUCCAUUCCUCAAUCCGGAAAGCAAACAUGGCUAGCAUGCAUAUGCAGUUGAAGAAGUUGGGCUCGAGCAUUGAGCACUACGGCAGGAGACACGGACACGAGAAGAACCCAAUGUGGAAGCGGGCGUUGACAAAUAACAACACUUGGUGGAACUCGAUGCCCUUCCUUGAAGUGUUGCGAGACCUUGGCGCUUUCAUGCGACUUGGUCCCAUGCUCGGCAGAGAUACUGUCAAGACGCGAUUGAACCAAGGAGAUGGCAUGUCAUUUGCUGAGUUUUCCUAUCCUAUUCUCCAGGCAUGGGAUUGGUGGACGCUGUUCCAACAGGGCACUCAAAUCCAAGUCGGAGGUGCCGACCAAUAUGGAAAUAUUCUGUUCGGUAUGGAGGCUGUCAAGUCUAUCAGCCGAAACACUGCCGACGAACAACUCCGCAAUCCAUUAGAAUCAGAAUUAGAUCGCCCGAUCGGUUUCACUACGCCGCUUCUGACAACCCCGUCCGGCGAGAAGCUCGGCAAGUCUGCUGGAAACGCCGUUUGGCUCGAUAAGGACCUGACUUCUACAUUCGAACUUUACCAGUACUUUGUGCGCACGCCUGACGAUGUUGUCGAGCAAUAUCUCAAGAUGUUCACUUUCGUACCCUUGCCUGAAAUCGCUACCAUCAUGGAGGAGCAGAACAAGGACCCAUCUCAGCGCGUUGCGCAGCACAAGCUCGCGCAUGAGUUUGUCGAGCUUAUCCAUGGUAAGGUCGAAGCUGAUGCCGUGGCUCUCCAACAUCGCCAGCUAUUCCGUCCCCGAUCCUCAACCGCAGAGCCCACUCCUCUUCCCAAGUCAUCCUCUCCUCAAUCUGGUCAUCCGCAAUCCCCCACCGCUGGCUUCUCGACUCCUCAGUCCGGAAAUCCAUAUGCCCCCCAAACAAAUUGGGCCAACAUGGGAGAUUUCAAGGUCACACUGCCCGAAUCGCUGGUUUUCAACCAGCCGUUCAAUAAAAUUCUAUGGUCAGCCGGCCUUGUUUCAUCCAAGAGCGAGGGCCACCGAGUCAUCGUCAACAAUGGCGCCAAAGUCGGCAGCCGUCCUGGUGAUAGUGGCCCCAUGUCAGACCAAUUAUCCUUCACACCUAUCCGGCCGUGGGACGCAGAGAAAACAAAGGAGUUUGUCUUGAACGGCAACCUUCUAAUGUUAAAGUUGGGCAAGUGGAAGCUCAAGGCUGUUCACAUUGUGCCCGAUGAAGAAUAUCGUGCGCAAGGUCUCACGGCUCCUGGAUGGGAGACUGAAUCUGAGUAG